AUGCUUGCGUCUUUGAAGCAAAGCGAGGCUGCAUCUUCCGGCGCCGAUGGCGAAGGGGAGGUUUGGGGUGUGCAUCCUGAGCCACGGGAGGCCGGCGAUGUCACGCUGCAGUUCGGCGGUGCCCACCUCACCGAGAAGCCAGACGAUGAGAGCUUCGCGCAGGCUGCCUAUUCCUUCGGGCCCAGGGAGGUGCUCCACCGCUCGGAGCGUGCAUUGCGUGGACAGGUUCUGAGGGAGCUUAUCUCCCCGGCAGAAGUGUAUGUAUACUUGCAGUGCAUGGACCGUCGGAAGCCUGUUCGGAUUCCUUUGGCUUCCAUCUGGAGCGUCCAACAACCGGAGCCCACGCGCAAGGUCAGGAAGCGCCGAAAGGUGCUGGAGUGGCUGGUGCUCCGCAGUGCGAGGGACCGGCCAGCUGAGGUCGUGGCUCGGCAGGGGUCAUCUGCAGGCCUGUACAAUCCAGUGUACGGCUACCUGUGGGAUGAGGCGAUCCCCCUGACGCCAGGAGUCAAGGUAUCCUUCUUCUCCCUCCCGGGCCGGGGUGAUGCCACAACGGCUUCAGCUGUAUCUGUCGCGUCUCCAGCUUUCCGACGGUUGUCCAGCGGGAUAGUGCUGAGAACUGUGGCCCACCUCUUAGCCCGUAAAGCUUGCUUUGGCUUGCUGCGGUAUUGCUGCGCCGCAAGCUUGCAGGACUGGUUGUGCCAGAAGAGCGCUGGAUAUCCUCCUUCAAUGUUGGGCGCUGCCCUGAGCCUUGAAGAUUUCUCUUUGGUAGUCGUGCCCGGUCUUCAUGGUGUGGGAUUUGCUUUCCACUCCUCGCAUGAAUUUAGUGGUGCUUUCGCUCCCUCGAUGGCAACCGAGCUGGCAGCUGGUGCACGCCGGAAGUGCUUCAUGUGCCGCAUGUCGUGCCAGCCAGCUGAGGAUGCAUUUGCAGUCGGCCUAUGUGGGUUGACGCCGCUGCGACGUAGAUGGCAGGCGAAGAUCAGCAUCAGCAGAAACACUAUCUGGACGACUGCUUCUGCUACCGCUGUCGCAGUGUUGCGUGUUCGGGCGACACCCUGGCGUAAGAUCGUUCGAGUUUCUGCGAUCCGCAGGGGUUGCAGCUCUUCACCUGGGACCGAUGAGAAGACCAGUUGUAAUCAAAGGCAAUACGAAUGGGCAGAAGGUGUUCUGGAGGAGGUGCCAAUGAAGCCCGCGUACCUGGUAGAGAGAUUGGUGCCUGCUUUGCUACAGUUGAAGCCAGACAGUGAUCGUGCAGCUGCGUCGACUUCUGCUACGAAUCUGCUGGGCCAGAUUUCCUUGGAAGUAGCCCACAUCCUGACAUUGCCUGCACUUCAGAGGGGUGCUCGGCUGGAUGGUCUCAUGGACCUAAGCCCAAUCCUCAACAGCAAGUCGAAAGGUAGAGAGCAGAGGAGGCGUCUGCACCAAGCCUUGGACAACAUGGUUCGUUGGUUCCUUCAUGAUCCUGAAGCCUACUUGGAGGGCUUUGAACUAGACGCAGGCAUUGAGCAGCUCCGGAAGUUUGCGAAGGCAGCGGUGGCUCGGAAGAGGUCCUUGCGGAGACUGAGCCAAAGCAACGUUGCCUUCUCAACCCGACCACCAUCAAGCGCUUGUCCUAGUAAUGGAGAGGAGCCGGAUGUGGAUGCUGCGGCCGUGCAUGGCCUAAAGCAGUGGAGUAAGGCUUUUAAGCAGUGGUGUUUUGAUACGAUUGGGCACUAUUUUCUCCUAGAUGGCGAAAGAAGAGAGCGAUGGUUGACUGGUCGACGAGCUGAGCGCUCUCGUGUGAGCAUUUUGACCGGAGAGCUGCGCAGGGCCAUCGCUUGCAAACGCGCAGACGGACAGCUUCCGCUUGUCGAAGACAAGUUUGCCAGCUUGAUCCAGGAGCUCGCCAAGCAGGUCUUGAUAAACCGACCUCAGGUGUUGGACGUCGGCAGCUGUAACAAUUACUUUGGUAGGCUGCACGGCCAGACACUGGAAGUGACCGCAGUUGACAUGGCACCUGGCCAUCCCUCCGUCCUAUCUUGCAACUUCUUAGAAGUGCCUGUGUCACCUCCUGGCAGCGCCUUCGAGCUGGAAGAGUGUGAAACCUCGCGUGGCCUUGGGCCAACAAGCUACAAGGCAAAGAGCUUGCCGGCUGGUCAUUUCGACGUCGUGAUCAUGGCGCUGUUCUUCUCGAUUCUACCAGGCCCUGAAGAACGAGGCCUGGCCGCAGCCAAAGCGCGCCAACUUCUGCGGCAAGCCCCUGGCCGAGGUUUGCUGAUCAUUGCCGAUACCAAGGGCACGGUAGGACGUCACGCGGACCCAGAAGCACGCGGCAGUGCUUGGGUAGCAGCGGUUGAAGCCAAUGGCUUCCAGCUCGCAAGUGAUCCACAGCUGCAUCUGUCCAAAGAGCAUGUCAAGGGACGCCCUGGGUACUGGCAACGCGCCUUCUGCUGGUCCUUUCUCACAGCUCCUCUUGAAGGCCUUGGCCCGACAGCUAUCCCCCUUCUGUCAGACACGCGGCAGCCUCGCAGAAUCCCGCCCGAGCGAUUGCAAGCACAGCAAUUGCGACAGGCAAAGAAGGAAGCUCGGGCGCACAAGGCGCAGCUCCGAAAGCUCCUGGUCGAAGGCCCAAAGAGGCUCCGGCGGCCUUCAGUGACAAUCCAUGACAUCCCAGACGAGUUGGAAGAAAUCGAGGUCUCCAUUGGUUUGUCUGCUACUUCGGGUGGUGACUACGUGUCAUGGAGCCAGUCCAAAGCCCAAUCUUGUGAGAGCGACAGGGAGGUGAAGAAGCCACUGUUGCCUCCGCUGCCUCCAGUGCUCACAGUUUUAAGCAUCAACCGACGCUUUGUCGGCAGUGGUUGCUGCCUCUCAAGCGAAGUGUUUGAAGUUUUCGUCAUUGGCCUAGAUCGACGUGACGAGGACACGACUCUGGCCUGGCGGUCCCGGCUUGUACCUCUGGUCAAGGACCUCUGGGUUAGUGCCUUUGGUGACUUCGACAAUCGAAAGUCAUCCACGCCUGGCGCCGCUCGCGUCCGGAAGGUGGACCCUUCUGGGUCAGUGGAGAUCGAGUUCGUGGAGCCGCAGGAGGAUUUCUGCAUAGGAGGGUGCCAAACCCAGGCAUUGGCCUGCACUCAGUGCUCGCAGAAGCUCGGUGUUUCGCAGGAUGAAGUCCACACAAUACCCUUUGCCUGGAUAGAGGCCGUCUGGGUGGCCGAUGGAAAGAGCUACCUCAAGGACAAUCGCCUGUGUUUGCAAGACUUUGUUGCCACUGCCUUCAGGCUGUUGCAGAUCGAAGGCGACGAGGCCGUUCAGGCGACGCAUUCCCGGGAAGCGGAGGCUGCCAGGCUCCACGCAGCGCUCUCCUCACAGCAGAGCGAUUCUCGGGCCAACAGACUCGACCAGAUGCGACGCAUUGCCAUGGAUGCAUUGCUCAGUACCAGCGCUAACGACGGCAAAGAAGAGGUAGAAAUUCAGGAUGACGACGAUGAUGACCCUGCAGAUACCACCAACGACAUGGACAUGGAUGGUGGUUAUGCCCACGGGAAGAAGAUGCAACGACUCAGGCGGUUGCACCGGACUUUGUUCUUCGCAAGGCAGAUGCAGAUUCCAGAUUGGAUGCUGGUCCCUCCUCAGGACUUGGCUGAAAGCUGGCUAGUACUCGCAAAGCCGGAAGGUGACCGGUGCUUGCUGCUGUCAGAAGGUGGCCGGGUGCAGGUGCGACAAAAGAAUGGUCACAUCCUGGAGAAAUUCACUGACUCACGCUUUCCACGAGGCCUCACGAUUUUGGAUGCAGUGUGCAUAGAAGGGCCUCAGCCACAGAAGCCUGUCAGGGGUAAGAUGCAAGAGGAUUCCGGCCUUGGGCCUGAGAUUCAGGAGUUCAGUGCGCCAAUGGAGGAACCAACUUCGCCGGUAGACGAUGGCCAGUCGGAGGGCGACGACGCCAUGGACGUUGCCCCGGGUGGCAAGUCGUCCGGCAAGGGACGUAGACGGAGACUACCAGGCAACCGCAAGUAUGCUAUUUGCGAUGUGUUGGUAUGGGGAGACAUGGACAUGGCCUCUACUGAAGCGGAGUUUCGAUUGUUCUGGCUGCAGUCGCGCUUUGAAGAAAUGCGUGAGAAAGCUCCACGGAGGGCGCGGCCACUGCAGCUUAUUCGAGCAUUGCCAGCUACGGCAGAUUCACUCAGAGAGCUCUACUCAGGAGAUUUCGGCUACCCUAAGGACUCUCUGAUGUUCUUGCAUCGAGAAGGUAGAUACCAGAUCUCUGAACCUGUGACCCCUGUCGCAAUGCUGUGGCGCGAUCGUCACCUCAGUCGCUUUGUAGUGGACACGCCCGAUGAGAAGGGGCAGGCGAAGAACAAGUCCCUGGUUCGCUGCGACAUCGAGGCCAUUGAUGUGGUGAAUCGAUGCUUGAAGGUAGUGCCUGUCGCCCAUGUUGGUGACAGGCAGGGCCCCGAGAUGAUCAGGCAGUGGCUCGACGUGCUGACCAACAAAGCCACAGUCUCCAGCGUGCCUGCGCCAGUGCAGUUUACAGCGCACGAGAUCGUCGGCCUGAGGGCCGAAAUUGGUUACGAAGUGCAGGCGCUGACAAAAGGUGGCUGGACAGAUUGGAGCAUGCCGGGCUUUGUCCAGAUGCCUCGGAUCGGAUAUGAGCAGGAGCAGCUUGUGAGUGAGCGAAAAGCAAAUGCUUUGUAUCGGGCAGAUUUACUGCCACAGGCAGCUUACAAGGAGUACGAGCGGUGUUGGGAUUCCGUGGAGGAGUGCCUCACAGCCGAUCGGCUGGAGCGUAUUCAACAAGUUCUGACGGCCAAGAAGGACGUUGCUCAGGAGUUCGACCUUGAGCUUUCCAGAUGGCUCGUCGAUAUGGAGGGCCCCAUCCGAGAAAGCUCUCGAAUGCUCGAGGCUGAAGCGAGGGUUCUCCUGCGAGAUCUGGUCAGCCGCAAGGCCAACUUGAACUAUCGGGAUCAAGCGACCGGCCGUGUGGCACUCACCUAUGCCUGUGAGUACGGAUGGAAGGUCAAGCCCGGCAUUAUUGAGGAGCUGUUGCAUCUCCGCGCUGACGUCGACUCGAUGAACGAUGCUCGGAACACAGCACUGGGCAUUGCCGCUUCUGGCGGUCACGAGACGAUUGUGGAGGUGCUGCUACAGCAUGGUGCUGAUGCAACCGUCGUUAGCCUGCAGGGCGAGACGGCGCUUCUACGUGCUCGCACCUUUCGAGGCAUGACAACAGCAAAGAUUCAGGGCAUCAAUAAAUGCAGGGAGCUAUUGCGGCAAAGCCGACUACCUUGGGAGAGCUUUGAGGCUGCGGUAGCCAACCUGGCCGACGACCCCCCGGCUGCUGCAAGAGCCUUCCUGGACUUGGCUUUUCCGGGCGGGCCCGGCACAAUGUUCGUUGCAGACAAGGAGGUCAAGCGAAUCUCCAAGUACGACAAGUUGCGACUCUAUGAGCAAAUCUGCGAGAUUCGCGAUGUCGAUGAUGGUGGCUGCGAGGAGGCAGAGCGUCGUGGUAGAUUCUGUGCACACAAGCUUCUGCUCCCGCAGGUGCGUGCUGCCUCAUUGCAGCAGCCACCCAAUAAAGAGUGCAACUACUUUGCCCGCUACUUGCUCCACAGCGGGAUCAUGAGGUGGUGUUUGCCAGAGGCGAAGGUGCUGGCCGCAGAGCUUCUAGCCCAUUAUGCACAGGAGCUCCAAUCGCGAAGGCUUGCCUUGAAGAAGCUGCCCAAGCUCACGCAGGAGGCUGAGCUUUUUCUGGGCAGCCGGCCCAAGUUUGCCGGGCGCUCCCUUCAUCAGUGGCACGCACACGAUGACCUGCCAUGGUUGACCCAGCAGAACGUGGUCGGAACCUUCGAGGUCCGCUUCAGCCUGUCGGUCUUGCACUUUACCAAUCAAGUGGUAAGCAUGGAGGACGGCUACUGCACGCUACCCGGCACCUUGCGCAUGUGCACGAUUCCGGACCCCAUAGAAAUACUUGUUCUAGAGUUUCGCCUGGGCCACUUCGUCGCAGCUGGCGUGGCAAUCCUGGCUUUGCGUGCGGUGUUGAGGUUCGGGUCGACAAGCGACUCCACCUCUUUCAGUCUUCCCCAGGCACAGCGCGCGGCAGCUGCCGGCAUGGUGGCCACGCUGCUGGCCUCCUCUGCGGGACCUGCUCUUGCCGAGGAAGCCAGCCUGGAGAAGGAGAUCGCGAUGCGCGACGCUGGUAUCGUUCGUCUUCAGGCAGAGAAGAAGCGCCCGAAAUUGAAACUGAACGAGGUGGAAAAGUUGGAGAAAGAGGAGCUUCAGACGGCUCGGACCACCGAGCAGUUGAAGGAGAAAAGGAUCGUGGAGGAGGAGAAGAAGGCAAAGCAACAGGCCCUGGACGUGGAGAAGCGUGAGAAGGUCCUCAUCGAAAAGCAGGAGAAGGAGGCCAAGGCCAAGAUUGACAAGGAGUACGAGGCCGAGAAGCAGAAGAUCGAGCGGGAGGAGAAGCAAGUCGUGGAUGAAGCUCGGCGUGUGGAGAAGGCGGAGAAGAAAGCCGCCCGUGACCUUGAGAAGCAAGCCCUGUCCAAGUCCAAGUCGGACAGCGCCCGCCUUGCCGCAGAGGAGCAGAGCGAGACGGCCUUCAAUGCUGCGACGGAGAAGGCCGAGGCUGCGAUCUUGGCGGCCGAGCAGAAGUCGGAGGAGGCCCUGAAGAUGGCUUUGGAGAAGGCAGAGAAGGCUCGUGUGGAGGUUGUGGAGCGCUCCGAGCUUCUUGAGAAGGCAGCAGCCGAACGCUCCGAGGCGGCCAUCGACCAGGCAACGGAACUCGCUGAGAAGGCAGAGAAGGAUGCUGUCCAAGAGGAGGAGAAAGUGGAGCAGGAGGUCGUGGAAGCCGUGGAUGCCAUUGAGAAGGAGGAGCUCAUAGAGGAGAAUGCCAUGCUUGAAAUGGCCAAGAACGGACUGUCCAGUGCCUGGUCGGUUGUUGCUCCCAUUAUCAUCCCUGGUGUCUUCAUGGCUUUGUAUGCCGUCAUUGCCAGUUUCUUCGCUCCGGACCCAGAGCCUUGCCUCGGCACGGAGAGUGACCCUGUCAGAAAGGUCAUGGGUCGUGCAGCCCGCCCCAAGAAGGCCAAGGCUACCCUUGAUCCCUGGGCUGUGGGCACUGCAAGUGCCGCAGGAGCCGUCUUGGCGAUGAUGUCCUCCGCGUCCUCCACCAUGGGCUUUGUGUCACCUGCAACGCCAAGCCUUCGAAGCUCCCUGAGCCCUCAGCCUACCCAGUUAGGCUUGAAGGCGGUGCAAACUGGGAUGAGGUCCUCUGCCCAGGGUGGCAGUGCACUCUCAACACACGGAGCCCUGGCAGUCGGGGCAGCAUUGGGUGUUGCAGGAGGCAUCCACCAACGGCUGCGCAAGAUCCGGCUCCAGGCACAGGCCAAACCUUCCGAGAUCUCUGGAGCCAACCCGCUCCGUGUUAUCGUUGCUGGUGGAGGUGUUGGUGGUCUGCUCUUGGGAAAAGCACUCAGCAAGGAGCCAACCAUCAAGGUGACAGUCCUGGAGCAAGCAAGCGCUUUCCAGCGAUUCGGUGGCCCCAUCCAGCUCGCCUCUAAUGCCUUGUCCGUCAUCCGUGACGUCGAUGAGGACAUGUUUGGCGAGCUGAUGAAGAGGUUCACCUUCACUGGAUACCGGAAGAAUGGUCUGGUGGAUGCUUUGCGCAGCGAGUGGUAUUGCACCUUUGAUGCAAUGAAGGAUUCCGCUGAGAUGUUCGACCUGCCCUACACUGGUGUGGUGGACCGACCGGACCUUCAGGAGAUCAUGCUUCAAGCUCUGCCUGAGGGUGUUCUCGUCAAUGCAACGAAGGUGGUUGGCUAUGAGAAGCUCCCCAACUACGGUGGCGUGAAUGUGAAAACGGAGGAUGGCACUGUGCACAAGGCUGACGUCCUGAUCGGCGCUGAUGGCAUUUGGUCCGCAACGCGUGCCCAGAUGUGGAACGAAAGCCAAAAGGGCCCCGGGUCUGGAUGCACUUACAGCGGAUACAUUGUCUUCGCUGGUGAGACCAUUUACAAGCCAGAUGACUACUUUGACGUUGGCUACAAAGUGUACAUGGGCCCCAAGCGGUACUUCGUGACCUCGGACGUGGGUCGUGGUCGCAUCCAGUGGUACGCUUUCGUGGCAGUUGGGGAAGGCGAGGAGGUGCCCUCAGACGGUCUGGAAAAGAAAGAGUACGUCAAGGCAGCUUUCCAGGGCUGGUCUCCACAGAUCGCCGACCUCCUCGAUGCAACCCCUGUAAACAGCUUGGAGGAUCGAUCCCUCUAUGAUCGCCCCCCAAGCGUGUUGAAGUCCUGGGCUGACGGCCCCGUGGCUUUGCUGGGCGAUGCCUGCCACGCCAUGAUGCCGAACCUUGGCCAGGGUGGUGGUCAGGCUAUGGAGGAUGCUCACUGCAUCUGUGAGAAGCUGAAGGGCCUCACCGAUCGCAGCCAGGUGCCAGAUGCCUUGCAGGACUACUACCGGAGUCGCAUCGUCCGGGCCAGUGCUGUUCAGGGUUUGUCUCGGAUUGCUUCUGACAUUUUGUUGGGCACCUUUACCUUCCCUUGGAAGGCAUCCGAGGGCUUGUCAGCUCCCUAUGGCAAAGGCAGGGGCGACUUCACCUACGAGAGCGUCGUUGUGAACUAUCUCAGGUACAUUCUGCCGGCAGCUUUCACGGGCCAAUUCACGUUCCUCUACUCCUUCCACCCCUUCAAGUGGACCAAAGACGAGGUCACGAAGCUCGUCAAAGAAGUAAUGGACCGCCAUGAAAGGGACGCAAGCACGGCUUGGCAGAAGCGCGAGGAAGCCGUGGAGAAGGGCGAGGUCGCGAAGUUUGAGGAAGAGUGCAGGCAGGAGUCCUUCUUCCAGCCCGCUGCCCUGAAUCAGCCUCAAGAGGAAUCAACCCGUUCCUUGUUCCUCAUCUCCUCUCCCUUUCUCGCCCUUUAUCUGCUGCGUUGGCUUGUUCGCCUGAUGCGUGGACUGGGUGCAGACGAUGCCUGCCGGAAGAAGCGUGCGGCAUUCACCGGUUCUCUUGAACAGGCGCAACGUGCCGCCCGAAUCUUCCACGCCAUUGCAGCGGACCUCGCGCGACGUGUUGGUGGCCAGGUGGAGUACAGGGAUGCGCCCAACAAGCAGCCAUCCCGGGUCGUGAAGAAGCAGCGGCUCGGCUGA